CACAGACAAAGUUCAGGGUUUUUUCUAAAUAGUUUAAAGCAAAUUCUUGGUUUGUUUAGGGCAAAUUAAUCACUCCAGAAAGUUUGAAGGAAGUCAGCCAAAGACUAGCACAGACAGACUUUUGGUUUGGCGAUUGGAAGCAUAAACAGCCAUCCUGCUGUCUUUGAACCAUCCUAUGCUACAUUUUUGUUUUGACCAGCACAGGAAGAGGGGUGAGCUACAAUGUGCACUGGAAAGUGUUCAAAGUGCAUUGGGGUCGUGUUGUUCCCAUUAGCUGUAUGUGCCAUAAUCUCCAAUCUUCUCCUGUAUUUCCCCAAUGGAACUGUUAUAAAGCCCGACCAGAUAACUGAUUUGGUCUGGUUUUUCCAUGGCAUUCUUGGAGCUGGGAUACUGGUUAUUUUGCCAGCAUUUAUGAUGCUGGGCGCAGGUGGAGCUGGAUGUUGCGCUAACAGAUGUGGGAUGCUGCUCUCUGUGCUGCUGGCUGCGCUGGGAGCUGCAGGAGGGGUAUAUUGUGUGGUCAUCUCAUCCUUGGGAUUGAUUAGUGGGCCUCUUUGUGACACUGGUGAUGGAAAAUACAUCUACCCUUUCCGGAAUGACACAUUGACAGACAAUUAUUUGUUUAAUCAGACAACAUGGAGCAUUUGCAAAGAACCUGAAAACGUUAUUAUGUGGAAUAUUGUCUUGUUCUCUCUUCUCUUGGGGAUUGGUACAAUUGAAGCUGUUCUUUGCUUUAUUCAAGUCAUCAAUGGACUUAUUGGAUUCAUAUGUGGCACAUGCAUGAGGAAAAGAAAGACACAUAUUGCUGAAAUGUAAAUCACCUACAAAGAAUGCUAGUGACAAGCAUAGACCUGCGAGGAUUCAUGUAUAAUCAUAAUAUGUUGUGCUGUAUUUGUGGGGAAAGAGGAACCCCAAGAUGUUCAGGAGUUUCAGAACAACUCCAGAAUAUUUUAUAAAGAUAUCUGGAUGGGGGGGUGGAUUAUCUAGAACUUUUGAGGUCAAAGAUUCUUUUUUGUCUCCGCUAAGUACCCAGGCUAAAUCUCUGGUAUUGGCAACAUGAUGCUGUCUUUUCAAGAGUGCCUGGCAUAUAUAAACAUUCAAUCACAAACAUUCUCCAAUUAAAAUUCACUGCUUACCCCGCAAGUGCUGCCCUAUGUAGCAAGCAUGUCACUUUGAAGUGCUGACUGUUGUAUACGGGAAUCUGGACUGAAUGUAAUCAUUGCCAAUAUAAAGAUUUAUCAGCUUUACUGAACUCAUCCACGCUGGUUGGAUGUCUAAAGAUGCUCAUUAAUACUCCCCAAACCCUGUCCUGGCCCUGUGUAAAACUGGAAUGGAUUCUCUGGCAGUGCUCUGUCUAUGUUUGCAGUGUCGUUGUAACCGUGUUGGUCCCAGUAUAUUAGAGAGACAAGGUGAGUGAGGUAAUACCUUUUAUUGGACCAACUUCCGUUGGUGAGAGACACAAGCUUUCGAGCUUACACAGAGCUCAUCUUCAGGUCAUGCUCUGUCUGUUUCUAUCAGUUUGGUACAUAAGCACUGGUCUUCGGUCAUUUAAAGGUCUGGCUCAGAAAGAGUAUUUUCAGGACCUAGCAGUAGCAAUGUUGCUUAAAUAGUUCCAAUAUUUGUAGCACAUGGAGGCCCUGUGUAGCAGGCAGUUGGCCAGUAUCUAACCUGCUUUAACCUCUGUGGAGCCAGCCUCCACUCACACUUCUGUGUGUGCUGUAGGAGGCUGUGGUGGUCUAUAAAGUGCCAAUGCUCCACUGAAAAUCAGCACUUCAAAGGCAUGUUAUAUAGCAACCAGCUAGUCAAUAAGUAGCCUCCUAAAAAUGUCAGACUCACUUCCAGGGGAGUCUGAUAUGCACAUCCUAGUGUAGAACAUUUUCAUACUCAGUAUUUAAUUUUUUUUAAAUUGCAUUUCUGAUCAUUCUUGUGCACGCUUUUCUGAGAAACCGAAGCUAGCCCCGAAAGGCACCAACUGGCAUCAUUCUCAGUACUAAAGCAAGCAUUGAACCCACAAAGUGCUGAGUGUGAGAUCAAGCCCUAAAUGCUAAAUCCGUGUGAUUGCUAAAGUCUGUGAUUUCAGGAGUGAAUUCUUUGACAUUUUAUUGGCCACUUCAAAGGUUAAUUCCUACAGUUGCCACUGAUUCUUCUGCUUAAGACAAAAAGUAGUAAGAUAUUUUACAUAUAUAUAUCUGAAGCUCUUCAAAACUGCAUAACUGUAAAGUUAGGUUACUUUGGAUCUGUUUUGCGAAAGGAGGAACCUUUGUUUCCUCUUUCAAAAAUGUUUUGACUAUGGCAUUUGAUCACACAAAUGGACAUUUUCCCCUGUGCCCAUUAGGAAUUUGCACACAGAAGUAUCCGGUCACUCGUGCUGUCACCUGACAUAUGCAUGCAGAUCCCUCAUUUGAACAAAUAAAUGCUGGUUAUGUUCAGGCAACAGGUGUAUUUUAGGGGUUGCAACUUAAGCACCAAUAUUUGAAAUUUUUGCCCAUCAUGUUUUAAAGCAUAUUCUCUUAAAUAAAAAGCAUGAGAGAAAUACACAGGUUGGCUGAGGUUUUCAAACACAAAUAAAGGAUUUGGAUGCAUCCAAAUUCUUUAAGUGGCUCCGAAAGUUCCACCUUCGCAUGCAGUGAAGUAUGCAAGGGGCUAUGAUCAGAGAUGAGGGUCACAGUACUACUGUCCCUUUUACUGCAGCAAUCUUUUUAUUUUAAAACUGCUGAAAAAUGAAAUAAAAUGCGGCGCUUUCUUUGGCUAAAUUGUGUAAAUUUUGUCCUUUCACUGCAUGAAAACGCACUGCAGAUUACCCUACAUUUAACAAUUUAAAUGGGUUGCUUAUUGUCAUGUCCUGAGAAAUGUGCAGCUGCUGUAGAGUGACCUGUAUGAAUGUGCUUCUAGUGUAUUAAACCCUUUGAGCCUGAUUCUCAGUUACACUAAGGGGCCACAGUGUAACUGAGAAUUCAGGCCUUUGUUCCUAGCACUUCAGCAGUGCUUCACAGCCAGCGUGCGAUCAAAUGGUUCACAGCCACUGUGCUGCAGCCAUUAGUUUACGCAGACAGAACCUGCUAGCAACCAGCUCUUUUCACCCACCUCUCCUCUUCACGCAGGUCCAUGUGUCUGCCCCACCCUACACAAGCUGUCACGAAGGUCCUCUCCUAGGCCAGCUGGCCUGACCCUCGCCUGACUUUAAGCCACUGAUUCCCCUUUCCUUGCACCACUCAACUCUCCAGACAUGCCCGUAGUGCUGCUUGCUUCACUACUGCCUGCCUGCUUCUCUUGCUGCUGCAGCAGCAGCAUCUACUAUCUGCUACUCCCACUCUCCUCUUUCUUGCCUACCCCUCUGCUCUGGCUUCUGGCUGCUCCUGCUCCUAGACUCACCCUCCUCCAUCACUCCAGCUCCGACACAGCCAAUCAUCAGCCACCUGACCACCCCGCACCCAUUCUACCCCAACUAGCCUCCCACUUAAUGCUAUUUCUCCCAGGGCCGGCCCUGGCUUU